ACAUAUCAGAAGAGGACAACGAUUUCGUAUUUUAAUGUGGAGUUUAAAUAACUGACCAAAUGACAUGAUCCCCAACUCUUUGUUUUCUGUAUCAUCACUAUUAGGGAAUUAGAAAAUAUUCCCUAAUAGUCACAUACAUGUUUUGCUGUACGAGAACUCCAUUUGCAUCUGCAGCUAUGGAUAAGCGUUCUCCUCGGCGCAACACUUUGCCUAUUGCAGUCUGCGCAAUAGCAUCGGUGAUCAUCUCUGCUUUCAUUGGUACCCGUUUCUUCUUCAAGAAGAGGCAGCAGAAUCCUAGUUCUGGCAGGAACUCCGAGAAUAUAUCACCGGAGACAGAUGGAAGCAGCACUGAUCCAUCAUCCUCGUCCUCGGAUGGCACUGAGAUGGGUCGUGAGUUUGAAGUCUUCCUGAGCUUCAGGGGAACUGACAUCAGGAAGACAUUCACGGACUAUCUCUACCAUAGCCUCAUCGACGCAGGGGUCUGCACCUUCAGGGACAAUGAGGAGCUCCAUGUAGGGGAGGAGAUCUGCCCCAACCUUAUGAAUUCAAUCAAGCAGUCAAAGAUUGGGAUCCCCAUCUUCUCCGCAGAUUAUGCAUCGAGCAAGUGGUGCCUCAUGGAGGUUGCGGAGAUGGUGAAGUGCAUGAAGGAGAGCAAACAGCUGAUCAUGCCAAUAUUCCUGGACAUUACGCCCGAUGACGUCCAACACCAGACAGGGACUUAUGCCAAUUCGUUCUCCCAGCACGAGGAGAGGUUUGGUCAGGAGAAGGUCCAAGCAUGGAGGGAUGCGCUGAAGGAAGUUGUGGAGCUGAAGGGUCUUGAACUGGAUAAAGUGGCAAACGGACAUAAGGAGGAGAGGAGGAAGGGAUUUCAUUUUCAUCCUUUGAUGAACAGCGAUAUUUGGAGCAAUGUUUCGACCUCAUUUGUUCAUCAUUUUGCAAGAUUAUGAUUCUAAUGUAGAGUUCGCUAUCCAAGGUUUCUAUAGACACCAAAAUCACUAAAUUUGGAGGUCAGGAGAGGGAGAACCAAGCUCAGGAAGUCGAGAUUGUGAGUUACCUGCAACUGCAAAUUCUGCGCAGCGAACAAUCAUUUUGUAGGGCUUGUUCAGCUUGCUCCGAUCUCCAAUUUGAAUGACUUUUGCGCCUAUGAAUUCGUAUCGAAAUUUGCUAUUUUCUGUAAAUUUUCUGGAUUUUUCGGGAAUAAUUAGUAUUUUUCGAAAAAGAAAAAAAAGGGGUUCUUAAUUGUGUUUUGGUAUCGGUGAUACAAUGAACACCUCAGUACGUGGCUUCAAAGCCAUGAAUGUUUUACAAGAAACUUUUCUUUGUUUCAAAAGAAUAUCUUCAGCAUUGUCCAUCUGGCGGACUUUGAGGUUCUUUUCGAAAUAAGGGUAUAUUAUUCAUGGAUGGUGAUACUUAAGAAGAAAUUUGUUGCGUAUCUAGUAUUGCUUGAAAUUGAAGUUAAAUUCCUUAUUGAAUGAUGUUACCUGCUUUUAUUGUUUUAGUAUUUAAAACUUUGGGGAGAGUGAGUUAUGAAUAAUUUAUUUUUGUUCAGGUUAAGUCUUGUUGCGAAUCUGUAAUUUUAGGGGGAACAAAUGGAUUGUCAAAGAGCAUGAUUGUUGAUAUAAUGAUGUGAUAUUUGUUUAUAAUUUGGGUUUUUUUUGUUAUA